AAAGAGGCAGUGAGACGCAAAAACUAGAAGCAGCAUCUCCCGGUUGGCUCCAGCCAACCCAGCAUCCAGCUUUUCUUUUCUAAGCAACGGGAUCAGGAGCCGUGCUCAGAGUGCACAACCUGAGGAGAGAGAGAGAGAGAGAGAGAGAGAGAGGAUGCUGAACAACAUGACGGACGGCGAGGAGGGAGAGGGGGGACCCAACAGCCAGGGUGACGGGAACCCCAAAGAGAGCAGUCCUUUCAUCAACAGCAGUGCGGCCGGAGACGCGGACAAGAGCCAGCAGUAUGACGGCAAGAACAUGGCUCUGUUUGAGGAGGAGAUGGAUACCAGUCCAAUGGUCUCCUCUUUGCUCAGCAGUCUGGCCAACUACUCCAACCUGCCGACGGGCAGCAAAGAGCACGAGGAGGCCGAGAAUAACGAGGAGGGGGCACGUCCGUCUAAAAAGCCUGUCAAGGCUCCACAGCUGGGCACUCUGAUGGGCGUGUACUUGCCGUGCAUCCAGAACAUUUUUGGGGUGAUCCUCUUCCUGCGGAUGACUUGGAUGGUCGGGGUCGGAGGCGUCUUCGGCUCCUUCAUAAUCGUCUUCAUGUGUUGCUCCACGACGAUGCUCACAGCCAUCUCCAUGAGUGCCAUUGCAACAAAUGGAGUGGUACCAGCUGGAGGUUCAUAUUACAUGAUCUCUCGCUCUCUGGGGCCCGAGUUCGGUGGAGCUGUUGGGAUCUGCUUCUACUUGGGCACCACUUUUGCAGGAGCCAUGUACAUUCUGGGCUGCAUUGAAAUUCUGCUGAUUUAUAUCAUCCCCCAGGCAGCCAUCUUUAAGAUCGAGGGCCUGGAGGGCCAGGAGGCAGAGUUGGCUCUCCUCAACAACAUGCGGGUGUACGGCACCAUUGUGCUGAGCUUCAUGGUGCUGGUGGUGUUUGUCGGGGUCAGAUAUGUGAACAAGCUGGCGCUGGUCUUCCUGGCCUGUGUCAUCCUCUCCAUCGUGGCUGUUUACGCCGGAGUCAUCAAGACCGCCAUCGACCCCCCCGUCUUCCCCGUCUGCGUCCUGGGAAACCGAACACUCCUCUCCAAAGGAUACGACGUCUGCGCAAAGGUCGUCGAGAUAGACAAUGAAACCGUCACCACCAAACUGUGGAGGACCUUCUGUGAUUCUGAGACUCUCAAUGCCACUUGUGACGAAUACUUCACCAACAACAACGUCACAGAGAUACAGGGCAUCCCGGGGGUCAGUAGUGGCAUCCUGGCAGAGAACCUGUUUGGGAACUACCUAGAAAAAGGGAUGUUCCUGGAGAAGCGUGGGCUCGCAUCAGUAGUGAAUACAGACAAUCCGCCGACCAGCACGAACCGCUACGUCCUGGCUGACAUCACCAGCUUCUUCACCCUGCUGGUCGGGAUAUACUUCCCAUCUGUCACAGGGAUCAUGGCGGGCUCCAACCGCUCUGGAGACCUGCGUGAUGCUCAGAAGUCGAUCCCCAUCGGCACCAUUGCAGCCAUCACCACCACGUCUAUUGUGUACAUGUCCACUGUUGUGCUGUUUGGAGCCUGUAUAGAAGGAGUCGUCCUCAGGGACAAGUUUGGUGAAGGGGUCAAUGGUAACCUGGUGAUUGGGACUCUGGCAUGGCCGUCUCCGUGGGUCAUUGUGUUCGGCUCCUUCUUCUCUACCUGCGGAGCCGGACUCCAGAGUCUGACCGGAGCUCCACGGCUCCUGCAGGCCAUCUCUCGAGACGGCAUCAUCCCAUUUCUUAGAGUGUUUGGGCACGGCAAGGCCAACGGGGAGCCCACCUGGGCCCUUCUGCUCACAGCUUGCAUCUGUGAGAUUGGCAUCAUCAUCGCCUCCCUGGAUGCAGUCGCACCCAUCCUCUCCAUGUUCUUCUUGAUGUGCUACAUGUUUGUCAAUCUGGCCUGUGCCCUGCAGACUUUGCUGAGGACGCCAAACUGGAGGCCGCGCUUUAAGUUCUACCACUGGGCUCUGUCUUUCUUGGGUAUGAGCCUGUGCCUGUCACUCAUGUUCAUCUGCUCUUGGUAUUACGCCAUCAUCGCCAUGGGCAUCGCCACCUGCAUCUACAAAUACAUUGAGUUCUGCGGUGCGGAGAAGGAGUGGGGCGAUGGGAUACGUGGCAUCUCUCUGAGCGCUGCACGCUUUGCUCUCAUGAGGCUGGAGGAAGGACCGCCACACACCAAGAACUGGAGGCCUCAGAUCCUGGUUCUGGUGAGCGUGGACGAGGAGCAGAACGUAGAGCAGCCUCGUCUGCUCUCUCUGGCCAAUCAGCUGAAAGCAGGGAAGGGUCUGACCAUCGUCGGCACCUCAGUUCAAGGAACCUUCCUGGACAACUACACGGAGGCCCAGAGGGCAGAUCAGUCUUUGCGUAAGUUGAUGGAGACGGAGAAGGUGAAGGGUUUCUCUCAGGUGGUCAUCUCCUCCAAUCUGAGAGAUGGGACGUCCCACCUGAUCCAGGUUGGAGGACUGGGAGGUCUGAAGCACAACACUGUGUUGGUCAGCUGGCCCCGAAACUGGAAACAGCCUGAGUACCACCAGCAGUUUAGGAACUUUAUUGAGGUGGUCCGAGAGACGACUGUAGCCAGUCUGGCCUUGUUGGUUCCUAAGAAUAUCUCCAGCUACCCGUCCAACGGAGAACGCUUCACCGAAGGCCACAUAGACGUGUGGUGGAUUGUCCACGAUGGAGGCAUGUUGAUGCUGCUGCCCUUCCUGCUGCGACAGCAUAAGGUGUGGAGGAAGUGCAAGAUGCGCAUUUUCACUGUGGCUCAGAUGGAUGACAAUAGUAUCCAGAUGAAGAAAGACCUCAUCACCUUCCUCUAUCACCUGCGCAUCGAAGCUGCGGUGGAAGUGGUGGAGAUGCAUGACGGUGACAUCUCAGCCUACACCUACGAGAAGACACUGGUAAUGGAACAACGGUCACAGAUCCUCAAACAGAUGCAUCUGACCAAGAACGAGAAGGAGAGAGAGAUCCAGAGCAUUACAGAUUCAUCCCGUGGGUCCAUUCGGCGUAAAAACCCGCCUGCCUCGCGCUCCCGGCACAGCGUGGACGAAGCAGCCAGCGUGGCAGAACAACCAGAAGAUGAGUCUGUGGCUGUCUCCAACCCAAAACAGGUGCAGCUCAUCCACAGUAAGAACGCCUCCGCACCAACCAGCCCCACGAGCCCCACGUCUGGCGCCGCCACGUGGACGGACAACACGGGCGCAGAGAAAGGGAAGACCCCUUUGGCAGCAAACCCGGAGGCCGGCAAAGACCUCUUCAACAUGAAGCCGGAGUGGGAGAACUUGAGCCAGGUUGACGUGAGGCGGAUGCACACAGCGAUGCGGCUCAAUGAGAUCAUCAUAAAGAAGUCCAAGGAGGCAAAACUGGUCCUGCUCAACAUGCCUGGACCCCCCAAGAACCGCAUGGGCAACGAAAACUACAUGGAGUUCCUUGAGGUGCUCACUGAAGGUCUCAAUCGGGUCCUCCUGGUGCGUGGAGGUGGACGUGAGGUCAUCACCAUCUACUCCUGAAGGGGCUUUGAGGUGUUUCAGGGGCCCACACACACACACACACACACACACACACACACACACAGACUCUGCCCUCCAUAUUGUCCCCCCCACAACCUCACAUAUUCACCGUUACACCACAUGAAGAAUUGUGCAGCGGUCGACUCUCUGAUCUCUGCCUGUCAGCUGAUAACAGCAGAUAUAUGUUUUUGCUUAGUUCUGACAUUUUAUUGCAAAACGAAACCCAAAGCGUCUCUUAUUCUAAGAAAGAAAAUGGAAAGUUCUCACUUAUUUCUUUCCCUUUUCUGAUUUGUUAAAUCAACAUUCUGUCCUUUUGCUUUUCUUCCUGUUCAUUUGUCAAAGAGGAUUUUUUUUUCUUCUUCUUUUAACUGUUAUUUAUUUAUAUUAUUUAUGUAUUCAAUUAUCUAAUCAUGUCUGUCUUUGUCCUGGUCUAAUUUUGCCUUUCAUUGUAUGGUUGGAAGCAUACAGGUAUUAAUAUUACAGACUUACAGGUAAUGAUAUUUAUUAACAGUGGAAAUGGGUUCAUUCACAUUCAUUAAUUGGAGUAUUGAAAAAGCAGAAGUACGAGCUGUAAAUAGAUUCACGACUAGUUUUAUUAUUCGUUAUGUUUGUAAAUAAAAGUCGGCAUCAGAUAGAUUCAUGUCAAUGACAUGUCAUAAAUUAUAUCGUAAACUAUUUAUUUUUCAUAUGGUGUGGUUCAGAAAAAACGUUUAGAUCCAUAAAUAUUCUGUAUUUGAUGCAUGCUGAGUGCACCAGGAUUAAAGGAGGACUUUGCUCGUUGGGUUUCUUGCAGAGAGUGAUAUAAGAAGAUUGGUACCGCUCUCAGCCUCAGCCAGGAGACGCUUAGCUUAGCUUAGCAUAAAUACUGGAAACAGCUAGCAUUGCUCUGUCCAAAGGUAACAAAAUAAAGCUCACUAAUUAAUAUGUUGUAUCUCAUUUGUUUAAUUCUUACAAAAAACAGUGCUUUAUUAUCAAAUAUUUAUUAUAAUGAGCCGAUCAUUAACUCAUUAACACAUUAAGCUGUUAUUCUGUUAAGUUAACUGCUAACAUGAGAGUCGUAUCAACCUUCUCGUCUGACUCUCUGCAAGACAGCGAGUCAGCACAUCUCCCAACAUGUCCAACUACAUCAAAUGUAAAUUUGCUGCUAUACUAAUGCACCCUGUUUAAAAAUGUGAACGCUGUGAUGUUGUGAACGCAAACAUUUGCAGAUAGUGAAUAAUGUAUAAAAAUGAAAGUAUUUUGGAAGAAUCUCAGAAUGUUUGUAUGAAACAGUUUUAAGAUGAUUUAUUCAUGGAGUCAGAUUAUCCUGCAGAGUGCUACCGCUCAGAUGUUUAGUCUGUGGAUGUUUAGUUUCUAUUAGUGUGUGCUUUAGUCAUUUUUGAGCAUUUAUUAACUCAUGCACAUGUGCUGUUUCGUCAUAGAUAUUCACACCGAGUCUGCAAACAUUUCAAAGGAUAUGACCAGUAAGAGUCGGCCACAUGUACAUUACAUGUGCUUAGUUUAUAUAAUAUCUAUAUAGGCAACAAAGUGUUUGGUCAUAAUAGUUUAUUAUGGAAGUUUUUGUACAGUAAGUACACAGUCCUUUGAUUUUAUUCCCCUCUCCCCCGUUGCCCUAUUAGUUCUGUGAAGUAUUUCACUUAGAAAAUUCUGCAUCACUUGCAAAAAGCAUUCAGUAUCUUUUCCAGGAAAUCAUAAGACGUGUGAGUCAAAUUUGUAUUGUUUUCAACCCCGUAGCUCACCUCAUCAUAUUGAUACGUCCUCUUUGUGGUGAAUAUCUAUGCAGCCCUCCGUGUUCCCCUUAUACAGUAACUCUGAAAGGUGUGGGUGCAGAACAUGAGCAGCAACGAACCUGUGUUUAUGUUUGAUUCAUGAGAAGAUGAUGUGGCUCUACAGGUUGAUGUAUCGGUCACUGGUCUGCAGAAGUCAUAAUCUAUAAUGUGUGUGUGUGUGUUUGUGUGUGUGACACCUGAUGCUUCUUUGUGUGUGGACGGUGUGUGUAACUCAACAGGAGGACAGAGUGAAGAUGGGACAUUUGUAAAUAGGUGUGUGAUUUUUAGGCUUAGAGAUAACACGUGCAAUGUGUGUCAACACGGGUUUUAUAGAUAUAAAAUAGUUUGUAUUGUCUUUUAAAAUGAUGAACAAACUUUGUUUCAUGUUCUGCCAUGUCUUAUGCAAUGAUGUACAAGUAAUGGUUGAAAGAAACCAUUUUAUAUGUCGGCAAAAUGCAAUAAACUAAAAUCAUUUUAAUACAA